AAGAGAGAGAGAGAGAGAGCUACAUAGCAUAGGAAUUGCAGAGAAGGGGAUCAAAGCUAGGAAUUGAGAGGACAAUGGAGAGCCCGCCGGGGAGCGCGAGGUCGAGCCCAGAGGCCGAGGUCGGGAUGCGGGUCGAGGACUUGUGGGACCUGCAGGAGCCGCAGCUCACCCCGACCGAGAAGCUCAACUCCUGCUUCUGCACCAUCCCCGUCUCCUCCUUCCCUCCCGCCCCUUCCUCACAAGUGGUUGAGAUACCCUCAGAUUCGACCCUGGCGGAUGUGGUAGAAACUUUGUCCAAGAACCGAAUUCUGAGCGCGCCGGUGCGGAAUGUGGAGGCCUCUGAUGAUGCUAGUUGGAUCGACCGAUACAUCGGCGUCGUAGAAUUUGCGGGAAUCGCUGUGUGGUUGCUGCAUCAGUUGGAAGUCGUGGCUCGUGAGACGACGACAGAUUCUGCAGCGAAAAAGGAGGUCGGCGCAGACGAAUUAGCAGCUAAGCUUGGCACUGUUACAUUGGAGAACAAAGAAGCUAAAAUGGAAGGAGCAACUUUCGCUGACGAAGAAGCUAAACAUGUGGUUAAAUCCACUCCUUCAGAAGCUGCUUCAAUGGGUGGGAGCUUCCUCGAAGCCCUCACUUCCUCAGAAUGCUACAAGAACACAAAGGUCAGGGACAUCGCGGGGUCCUUCCGGUGGGCGCCGUUCCUUGCGUUGCAGAGCUCAGAUUCGUUUCUGACGAUGCUUCUGCUGCUGUCAAAGUACAGAAUGAAGAGCCUCCCCGUGGUCGAUUUAGGCGAGGGGAAGAUCGAGAACAUCAUCACGCAGUCCGCAGUGCUUCACAUGCUGGCGGAAUGCGUCGGGCUUCACUGGUUCGAGGACUGGGGCACGAAGAAGCUCUUCGAACUCGGGCUUCCGAUAAUGAAGCCAAAUAGACUUAUCAAGGUCAGCGAGGACGAGCCCAUCCUAAACGCUUUUCAACAAAUGAGAAGACGAGGGAUAGGCGGAGUUCCGGUCGUAGAUGCGAAUCGGAACAAGGCGAUCGGAAGCAUAAGCAUUAGGGAUGUUCAGUAUCUGUUAACUGCUUCUGAAAUAUACAAAGAUUACAGAUUGAUCACAGUGAAGGAUUUCAUGAUGACUGUAAGAGAACAUUUGGAGAACCAAAAGGACUCGGCAGCGCCGAUAAGUAUGAUCACUUGCAGGAGGGAAGAGACUGCCAAAGAGAUUAUUCUGAGAUUGGACGCCGCGAAGCAGCAGAGGAUUUAUGUUGUCAAUGAGGAGGAGGAGCUUGAGGGAGUGAUCACGCUGCGCGACAUAAUCUCAAGGCUGGUUCACGAGCCGCACGGCUACUUCGGAGACUUCUUCGACGGAGUGUUUCCACUUCCUGAGAACAGCAGGGUCUGAUGAACUGCAACAAAAAUUUUGAAGCCUCUGAAACUUUUGCAUUUUACUGCUUUGUGUUUUAUGUUGUUGUAUGAUUCUUUUUCUAACUGUUUGCCUUUUCUGGUGAGUACUAAAACCAAGCACCUUUUCCAGUUCUUGUU